CCUUAAGGACUUUGCUGUGGCUAAUUGUCUUUCCUCUACUGCUUAUUUUAUUCUCAUUUCCUUUAGCUGAUGUCACACAUUUCCCCUCCUCUAGUGACUCUGCAGUCAUGUUACAGUUGCUCCCAUUCUGGUGCCCUGUUCUUAAGAGCUGCCAGUGCGGAGACUGUCCAGCCCCAGGGCAGGGAAAAUAACAUCUGGGAGCCAACCAAGCAUCCUCAGUGAACCCCUCUCUGCUAUUGAGGCUGAAGAUGGACAUUUUGUGCUGAUUUUUUUCAACUCUGGUGAGAAGAAAAGCUGUGGCAGGAAACUGAGCUUCAGACGUAGCCACUCAACACCAUGAUGUCUGGAAAAGGCAAAGGAGGUGCAGAAGGCAGUGCUGAUUUGUCCAUUCCAUGCCACAUAGACUCUGAGUUUCGCUACAGCCUUUUCACUGUUUUCUACAGCAUUAUCUUCAUUCUAGGCUUUGUUGCCAACUGCUAUGUUCUCUGGAUUUUCACCCGUAUUUACCCCACCAAGAAACUCAAUGAAAUCAAGAUAUUCAUGGUGAACCUGACAGUAGCUGACUUGCUCUUCUUAAUUACGAUGCCAAUGUGGAUUGUUUACUACCACCACCAUGGAGACUGGAUCAUGCCUGACUUCCUCUGUAACGUGGCUGGCUGUUUAUUUUUUGUUAAUACCUACACUUCUGUUGCCUUUCUGAUGGUCAUCACAUACAACCGUUACCAAGCUGUGACUAAUCCUAUUAAAGCUGCUCAGCUGACCACCCAGAGAAGAGGUAUCUACCUAUCAGCAGCUAUCUGGAUCAUAAUAGUGGGCAGCUCUUUGUAUUACCUUUUUGACAAUAAUACGAAUCAGGAGGUGGUCGACUCCAGGAAUUUCACGCGGUGCUUUGAGCGCUAUGACGCCACGAGUGGUGUUUCAGCUGUUCUCGCCAUUCAUGUCAUCAUCUGCAUCCUCUUCUAUAUCAUUUUCCUUUUAAUACUAGGUUGGAACAUUGUCAUUAUCAGGACCCUGUUUUCCAAGUCAGUGCAUCCAAAGAAAAGCGCUCAUGUCAAGCAAAGGGCCCUCUGGAUGGUGUGCACAGUGCUGUCUGUGUUCAUCAUAAGCUUUGUGCCCCAUCACAUCGUGCACCUGCCCUGGACUCUGACGGUUCUGGAGCAGUGGAAGAAGGAAAACUGUCAGCUGCGCCAACAGCUCAACGAUGCUCACCAGGUGACUUUGUGCCUCUUGAGUACCAACUGUGUGUUGGACCCGAUCAUCUACUGCUUCCUCACCAAGAAGUUUCAGAAGCACGUUUCAGAAAGCCUGAGAAGCAUGAAAGGGAGUCGCAAAUGCUCCAGGCAAACAACUGAUACGAUGAUUGAGAGCACCCUUCACCAAGAGGAUGCCAUUAGGAUCGGUUAGGGCCACUCAGUGUUUUCUGGUUGCACAUGGAAAGGUGUGAAUUAUUCACUCACCUUUUCUCAAGAAGAGGCACCAGGACACAACAGAGGACCAGGAUUUUACAUUUUCUUUUUCCGAUUAGACAGAAGAAUGGACGCUCAUUUCUUCUGUCACAUGCAACGGGCAGAACUGGAACCUGCAGUAAUCUGGCAGCAAAGCUCCUUCUGUCCAGGCUGGUGUUCUCAUGGGCACUGAGAACAGCUCAGAUGACUGCUUUAACAUGAAAGCAGUGUGUCACUGAGCCUCUGCAGUGAGCAGCUAGAAGCUGAGUGUGCCAAAGUUAUCCAUUGUGUCAGUCCAGAUAGCACCAUCCCUGCUCCUCUGCCUGCCCAGCUCUUGCAGUGGAUCCAGUAUCAGAGCUGUAAGGGACUUCUAAAAGACCUGGAAGAACAGAUUGAGCUCUGAGUAUCAUUGGGUGGCUCUUCUAAGCAGCUUACAUGGUCUGGUGAAGAGAGUCUGAGCUAAUAAAGCUCUUGAGCAGCUGUAAGGGACAUAGCCCAUGGAAUUCCUCAGCUGCUGUCAAAGAGAUCUGCACCUCAGAUCCCUUCAUUCCUUCUUAGUGUCUCACGUGGUCUGCUGGGAUCCAAACUUGACAGAUAUCUGGGAAUAGCUAUUAUGAAUCUUUGCUUCCAGAUCUUGGGUCAGUAAAGUAAGGAAGGAAAGGAAGAGAAAUUUGCAGUCCCUCAGCACACUCUCCCACUCCCUCCACCAGAUCAGCAUUAUUGCCAAAGGGCACUAUGGUCUGCCCUGGCUUCCUGUGUGAAAGCAGAACUGGCCAGCCAGCAGCUUCAGGCACUCAGUUUAGUAAUUUCUGACUGAUUGCAUGUGUCUGCAGACACCCAGUCUUGCUCAGGAGGCUCCAGAUAACAGUGUCAGCAUGGGCAUUAUGAUAAGGAAAAAAAGCUUAAAAUGCUUCUGUAUCAUUGUACUUAUUUAUUUAAUUUAGAAUUAUAGCCAGUACAUUAUUUUUUUCCUCCAUCCUUUCAAAGCUGACCAGUUCUUGAUCUACAGCAAGUGAAGUGUUAGGUCAGGACACUUGACAGACACAUAAUUCACACACUCCAACAGCACAGGAGGCCCCUUGCCCAGGGCCAGAUGCAAUCCACUGGGGCCCAGGGCAAAGCGGUUUUCCAUGGGUGCUGAGUUGUUACCAGUCAUGAGACACUUGGGGUUCCUUUUCUGACCCAAAUUGCUCAAUCUAGCACAGGAAAUUGGGCAGGGAAGGGAACUUACUUGUUUUCACAACAGUUGUUGGUUCCCUGUCUGUUGAUGACAGGAACAGUAUAACUGACCUGUGACACCAAUUAUUCAUGUCCAGGACAGCAGCCCUCCCACACCUGCCCAAGAACAGGAGAAAUAAGCUCAAACCUUUCCAAAGACAGGACCAAUACUUGUACUGCUUUGCCUGUAUCCAGCAGAGAUAUGGGUCCUUCAGAUGUAUCCUCUGGAGCUCCUCAGGCAGCUUUUGUCUUUAUUUGUUCCCGUAAGGAAAAGAACUAAGAUGUUUAUUUUUCUAAGGCCAUUGCCAGGGCCAGCCCUGCACUUCAGGCCCAGUGCCAGAGGAAAGAGUCUGAUCACAGUAAGAGUGCAUCUCCUCCUAGCCCUGGGCUCUGCUCCAGUAAUGGAGCAGUACUUGCCAGUACCUCAUCCUCCUCAGACACGUUCAAAGCUGCACCCUGAAUCUGCAGAGCCACAGCACACAGGAAGGGAGCAAUUUCUGUAAUUUAAAAACCAGAAUCUGCCUCUGUUUCUGCACUGUUCUGUGGGCACAUUCUGGAUGAAGAACUCUCGCAGCUGGCAAAGGGGGGGGACCUGCUUUUCCCCCUUGGCUCCCAGCAAUAGUGGAGCUCUCAUUUCACAGACCCUAAAGCCCUGAGAGAUGGAGUUUGGCAACUCUUGGAGGAAAUGGAAAAGACUUUUACAUGGAAAGCUGGCAUGAUCUUCCACUGAUUCUUGGAAAGCUUGCAAGAGUUUACAGUUUAGCUCUUUACCAUGGGUAUGUAACAGGCUUCAUUCCACAACAAGCACUGUGGGCUCAGGGAACAAACACAAACUUGCAUCUGAGGAAAAGGAUAAGCAGAGAGAAAAGCCCCAAGGCCACUUCAGGAGAUGUUAUGCUAAUUAGUCAGUAAAAAUGCAUUUCUAAUAAACAGGCUGAGCUGCUACUUCUGUUCCUGGAAAUACUUUCUUGUUCUUACUGCAAUGUUGCAUUACCCUGCUUUACCUUGCAAUGAAAUGGAUCCUGAAAAGUUAUUUUAAAUAAAGUGCGUUCCCCAUGUGUUUUCCCCUUUAA